CUCUGUUGUUUUCACUAAGUUUAUUCUUUGCAGAACACUGGAGGUAACACUAACAUACUGCUACCAGUAGUCUUGGUAGGUUACCCUGAAUCAGCUGAUUUCUAAGGGUCUAUGAAAUUGCAACCAUCAGUAGAAAAAGACAACCUUAUCCUUAUUGCACAUUGUUCGUGUGCUCCGUGUUCUCAGCCCUGCGUCAUGGCCAAUGGAAAGGUCCAGGAGGCGAUGACAGUGCAGGAACAGAAGGAGCCAGAUGAGAUGUCAGAGGAAGCUUUUCUUCAAGAUCUCUAUCUGAACAUGAAGAAGAGGGACACGCCCAUCGAGAGAGUCCCACACUUGGGCUUCAAACAAAUUGAUUUGUAUUUGAUGUACAAGACAGUCAAGGAUUUGGGGGGCUACCACCAGGUCACCACCCACCAGCUGUGGAAACAGGUUUACAACACGCUGGGUGGCAACCCCCGAAGUACCAGCGCUGCGACCUGCACCCGUAGACACUACGAAAAACUCCUACUGCCCUACGAAUGCUACCUGAAAGGGGUACAGCUGAGGGCCGUCCUGCCCACUCAGAAGCGCCCGCCCUGCGACGGUCUGCUGGAGGAAGGUGGUGUCCAGAGGCCGUUGAAACGCAGGCUGUUACCCGGCACCCCCCUCCACCAGGCCCCGCGCAGCAACGCAAACUCCCACCUGAGGGUGAUCUCCCUGCCUGUGCACUACCCCCACUACUACCACAACUCCUACCCCGUCUUGUCCACCUACGUUCCCAUGCCUCCAUCGCUGAAGGGGCCCCCCCCAGGUCCUCCCCCGUUGGCCCCCCGUGCCCCAACACCCCCACCCCCUCCACCUCCACCAGCAUCACCGCCGCCCCCGGCAGUGCCUCAGCCUCAAGCCUUCUACCCCCCAGCCCCUCGCCAGAGGCCCAUGGAGGCGGCCCAGAAGUCCCUGGAGCACCUGCGCUACCUGGCCCAGCAGUACGAUCCCUCCACGGGGCUGUUGGAGCCGCUGAAGGAGCCGCUCAACCUCAGCGGCUGGGCGCCCCGCGCGGAGGCCCGCGAGAGCCCCGCCUCGUCCUUUGCGCCGCCCUCCGCCAACAAGAACCCCAAGUUCCUGAACAAGCCCUCCCCUCUGUACCCGGCGAGCCGCGAGAGGGACCAGGGCUCGCCGCCAUGUGUGAAGCAAGACCCCGGCGACGGCCAGUAUCUAGGCAGCCCGCCACCGUACCCCGACGGCGCCAGGGAGGACGUCGUCCUGAACUUGAAGACCAUACCCGGGACCUGUGCGUCUGGAAGCCCCCCUGCAUCGCCGGCCCAUCCCCGGAGGACCCCCCCGGGGGUCCGGUCACCGAUUGGGUCUCCAAAGGCGGACGGCGGUCCGAGUUUGGCGUGGGACGAGGGAGCGGAGAGCGAGCAGAGCCUCAGGCGAGACGUGUUGGAGUUCGGCGCCAGGCUGCCCUUCCUGAAGAGGGAGCACGCAGAGAGCGGCAAAAGGGAGAUAAAGAUCCCGUUGUCGGUGCUGCAUGGCUGGAUCAAACUCAUCUCCUCAUCUUCCGCUCCAGCCAGCAAACUGUUCCCUGGCGAAGGAGACACCGCCACCACCACCACCACCAGCCCCAGCCCCAGCCCCACCAACGCUGCCUUGUGCAUGGACUCUGAGGUCUCACCCUUCGACCUGAGAACCCUUCGAAAUCCCCCCCUGGGGGACUCCAAGUUGGGGUCCCCGAGGCAGAAGCCCCAACCCAACUACGGCCCGCCAGUCCUCACUGGCCACAGCGACCCUUACCCACCCGGCCCCGGCUACCACCAGCAGCUGGCCUUGUCCAGCGCAUUCCUGAAGGGUGUCUACGGCACGGGGCCUUCGGGGUGGGACCCCCCUCUGGACUUCCACCGAACCCCGGAGGCCUUCAGCAGAGACCCCCAUGGACAGGGCCACCCCUUCCCCCUCCGGCUGGGGGGGAGCUGGAGCCCCCCCGCGGCCAGAGAGGACUUCCAGGGCUCCUCCCAGAGAGCGGCCCAGGCUAGCGUGGACAUCACACGUUCGCCGAGAGAGGAGGCCGUCGCGUGGAAAGGGAUGACGACGAACAAACCUUCCUCCUCCUCCUCCCCCCCCUUCCCUCAACUCACCACUGAAGAGAUCAUGAAGCUGAAGAGGAUCAUAUCCUGUUCACCAUAAGGACAUGUUUUCACCAAAUCACGCAAUACCACUUAAAGGUGCUGUAGAUACAAUUGAAGAGCUUGUUUUUGAGGGUAAUAUGUUAGAAGUGGCCCGAGCCGUCUGACAGCUAUUGGUGGGUGAAAUGUGCUGUGAGAACAUCUGAUUCCUGUUGACUUCGCCUGCCUUCGCAUGAGCCAAUUGGGAUUUUAGACAGCUCCCCGCUCAUUUCUGACAAAUCAGGACAUCUCUUCAGCCUUUUAGGGAUUAUCUUUUGAAACUCUCUCUGCUCUUUGUGGCCAAGUGGUAGCAUGUAUACAAGUCAGAAGAAAAAAAUGUAAGGAUUUUUUUUGUUAUUUAAGGAAGAAAUUACUAUUUUAUUUUUUUCAUUUUGUUGCUUAUGUACAGCUUUUUGAUUUAUGCAGCAACAAAUUGUGUUUGUUCAGUUUUUAUGCUCAGGAAAAUACCAUAAUUAUUGUGUCAUUAGUGAUCACAGUACGUGAAAUAAGUCUAUAUUAUUCAAAUGCAAGUACAAUUCAUGAAAUUAUAGGAAAACGACAUUGUAACUUUCAGAGAGUAAUACGGGGCAUCACUGGCUCAGGAGGUAGAGUGGGUUGACAGGCAAUCGGAAGGUUCCCAGCUCAAUCCCCGGCCCCUCCUAGCUGAGCGUUGGGGUGUCAAUAAGCACGACACCCAACCCUAACUGCUCCCCGGUUGAGCAUGAAUGGGUGAAUGUUAUGCAAUAAUUGUAAAGCACUUUGAAGUGACCACUGGUCAGAAGAGCUAUAUAUAAAUGCAGUCCAUUUAAUUUGAAUAAAUGUUAAAUGUGCAGAGUAUCCUUGCUAUAGGCCUAGGCGCUACGUGUAUGAAAGCAUUUUUAUGCACGUAGACUACUUCAAAACUAGACUACUUAGAAUAAUGUACCAAGUCAGGUGACCUGAAUGAUUGAGCUUACUAAGAAUUUAAAAGUGUAUAUAUAUAUAUAUAUAUAUAUAUAUAUAUAUAUAUAUAUAUAUAUAUAUAUAUAUAUAUAUAAUGUGAAUAGAAAUAUGAACUAUGGAAUAUAGAUUGACCUUAAAUGCGUGUGAGCAAUGACAUGCUUUUAUAAUGUGCUCUUGUUUUAUAUUUUGUACUUAUGUACAUACAUUGACUACGUCACAUGCCUCACCGGUUAUUUUCUUUUCAGUUCUGUAACUAUACACUAUUAUUUGAUUGAACAAAUACUUAUAUUUAUUUUCAUUAAUCUUAUUUCAUAUUUUUAUAUAUAUUUCUACAUUUAAAACAUGGUGAAGCAGCAUUAAGCUUGCAUUGAUAUUUAUAUAUAUUGUAACUUUGACACAGCAGCUGCAUUGGUCAAUGCCAUAACCUGUUAAGAAUAAAGAAUUCUUUAUGCUGUUCCAAA